AUGCUGUUAUUUUCUAAAAAAUCAAAUUACUUUUUUGCACCAUUGUACUAUAGGGGAAGCAAUAAUACACAUCUUUUAUACCAUCCACCAGCAUUUACAAGAAGUUUCCAAACAACUACUGUAGUUUACUUACCAACAGGUUUAAAAUAUAAAUUGACAUAUUUACAAAAAAAUCAGAGCUUAGUUAAUAAGAGCCCCAGCGAACUGAAAAAACUAAAAACUGUGAAAAAAAAUAAGUUACAUAAAUUACACAAGACUUCCUAUUCCAAGCAACAAGCUUAUUCAAAAUUAACAUCCAAGUAUGGUAUUACCAAAGAACAAUUGGAAGGGAUAAGAUUAGGCCCAACUUCGGAUUCGGAUUUACAGUUGCUAUUAUUGAGUGAUGACAAAGCUAAACAUGACAUCAACGGUGAUUUAAUUAAAAGAGACAGAAGGUUAUUAUAUACUAUUUUGGGUGUAACUGGUGAACAGUUGAGAGAUGCAAAGCUAGUGACUAAAGAUGUUGAAAAAUUUUUGAAAAGGCAUCAAGUUGAAAAGGCGUUAUUUUUAAUAAGAUUAGCAGGACCCACUCGUGGUGUUGCUGGUAUGAACAAAUUAAUUGAAUAUUAUUUAACUAGUAUGCAGGACGCAAAAGCUGCCAUUGACCUAUUUAAUUGGAGGAAAAAAUGGGGCAUACUUCCUAACGCCCAAUCAUACACUAUUUUAUUUUCUGGAAUUGCCGGCUUGGCUCAGCCGAUUUCUGCCCAUUUAACCAAAAAAUUGAUGAGUAUUAUUAUUGGCUUAGUUCAUAAACAGGAAUUAAAUACCAUUCAUUUGAAUUCAGCAAUGGAUGCCCUAUGCAAUUGUUGUAAACCGGAGCAUGUUUUUCAUUUAUAUGAUAUGAGACCCAAAGGGAUCAAAAAGGAUAAAAUAACUUACAAUAUUUUAUUGAAGGCAUUGGGUAAAAUUUCAAAAGAUAUUGAUGAUAGACAAUUUACUUUGUUAGUUAGUGAAACAAUUAAACAUAUUCCACCCAAGUAUUUUGAUUCUCAAAUGGCCUAUCAGCUAUGUUAUUGUUUUGCGGCCAAAAUAAAAAGUAAAAGCAAGGGUUCUUCUUCAUUAUCCACCAAUAACUCAGAACAAUGUGAAAACUUAUAUUUGAACGAAACCUUGAGUGGAUUAUAUAAUUACUUUAAAUUUGACGAUAUAGAGAACGACAAUGAAUUACAACCCAAGAUAUUACCUAAUCUAAGAGAUCAUUGGGGUAUCAACGAAAAAUUUGAACUAAAUUCACAUGUUUUUGGGUUAUUAAUUGACAUUUUAAAUGAGAUUGGACAAUACAAAAACAUGAGAAAGUCAUUCGAGCUGCUACUUAGUAAGGAACAAAGUAAGGCAGCUACUGGUAAAAGAACUGGUAUAUUCGAAAUAUUAACACCUGAUAUCAUAGAACGCUAUAUGGAGUAUAUCAUAAAGGGCUAUCCAUCUGUGUGCAGCAACAUUUUGGUUGAUGUUUUUACCCGUAUUGAUGAAAAUUCUCCAUACAAAACUUCAAAACAUAUGCUCGUGUUGGUUUAUAAAAGUUUUAUUAAACAGGCCCAAAAGGGUGAAACAUUUAAAAACAGGACAAAUUUCGUACAUUUGUUGAAAAAUUUUCAAAAAUUUGCUAAAAAAUUUGAAUGUGUUCCAAAAGCUGACACGGUAAUGUCAUGGAAGCCAUGGUCCUUUUAUUUUUCCGUCUUUCAAGAGGGUAACGUUAAAAAUAUUUUGAAUGAAAGCAAAAUAGAGUAUGACCUGAUAUUUGCUGAGUAUUUGAAAAGUUUAAACGCUGGUGAAUUUUGUAUGAAAAAUUUUAUUUCCCAAAAUAAAUAUGGUAGUAAGACUGACUACAAUUUAGCAUCGUUGAAAAUGAUUGAAUUAAAAUGUGUUAGGUUUAUUAGUGAUUAUAUUACGAAAUACUAUACUUUUGCUGAUUUUGAAAAUAAUAAUGGAAAGAUUGAAAGUGAUGUGAUUAGAUAUAGAAGAUUACUGCUAAGGUUUAAAAAAAAAUUAAUUGAGCAUAUUUCCUUAAUAGAAGAAAGAAUAGGUGCUAAAACUAAGCUUGAUGAUCAUAUUAUGCCUAAAGUAGAAGCGGAAGGAAAAGCAAAACAAGACAAAGAGCAAGUAUCAACGAAUUUGAAUGGUGCUGAAAAGACCAGUGAAGAAGAAAGGGAAUCUUUAAUUUUAGACUAUUUAAAGAAGUUGGCUAAAUUGAUAACAAAUUAUGAGACAAAAAGUAAUAUUACAGUCAGCAAUAAUAAUAAAUAA